GCGAACGGCGCCGCGUCUGUGGCCCUGCAGAGCAGCGUCUACGUGGGAGACGCGGCCGGGCGUCCCCCCAAUUGGGCUCCUGGGCACAAGAAGAAGGAUUUCUCCUGCAGCGACCGCCUGUUUGCCCUGAACGCCGGGUUGCCGUUCUACACCCCUGAGGAGUUUUUCCUGGGCUGGGCGCCCGCCCCCUACCACCUGCCCCCCUUCGACCCGCGGGAGCUGGACCCCCAGGGGCACCUCUAUGACCCCCCCGACGCUCCCCUGGUGUCCCCCACGCCCGAGCUGGUGGUGGCCGUGGGCUUCCCUGCAGCAGGCAAGUCGACCUUCCUGAAGAGCCAGCUGGUGCCGGCGGGCUACGCCUACGCCAACCGGGACACGCUGGGCUCCUGGCAGAAGUGUGUGGCGCUGGUGGCGGCGGCACUGCGCCAGGGGAAGAGCGCAGCCGUGGACAACACCAAUCCCGACCCUGAGUCUCGCCGCAGGUACAUUGAAUGUGCCCAGGACGCCGGGGUCCCCUGCCGCUGCUUCCUCUUCACUGCCACCCUGGAGCAGGCCAAGCACAACAACCGGUUCCGGGACCUGACGGCCUCGGGCCACAUCUCCGUCACCGACAUCGUGCUGAACAGCUACAAGAGUAAGUUUGUGGAGCCAUCGCUGAGCGAGGGCUUUGCCCAGAUCCUGCGCGUUCACUUUGUGCCGCGCUUCGCCGACGCCCGCCAGGAAGCGCUUUACCGCCAGUUCUCCGAGGGCUGAGCUGGGCCCAGCCACGGGGGGGCAGAGCCGGCCCCUGCAGCCGCACCUCAAUAAAGAGAGAGCAGUGACCACGCCUCCUGGGGUCUGUUCUGGGGGGCGUGCUGUUCUGUGCCUCAGUUUCCCUGUGGGCUUUGCCCUGUUCCAUGCAGGGGGUGGAAAAGGACCUGUGUCAUGGGAGAAGACAGAAGGGUUGGGGCAGGAAUUUCUCCUGCCGUGACCCCCCCCACACACACACAAAUCGCGCAACCCUCCUAGCCCCGAACCACCCAGUACUGGGAUGGGCUCCCUGACCAUUUCUCUCUCCCCUGCCACCCUUGGUGGGUGGAGUCUCUCUGGAGGCGUGGCCUGAGUCACUGCUGUGUGCCCUUCCCCCACACCGUGCCCUGCAGCAGUGAAAAGGGCAGGACAGGGUUGUGCUGUGGCCCCCUCCAGGGCAGAUGUGGGGGUGUCGUGUGGUGCUGGGGCAGGUCUCUGAGCAACAGCCAAACCCCUCCCAGAGAGCCAGGACUCCUGGGUUCCAUCCCUGGAAGGGGGGGAGGGAGGCGGGCACAGAGCAGGGAAAGUGCCAGGACGCCUGGGGGGUACAGCACAGGCAGCAGAGGGGGGCGGGGACAGCAGGAGGUUUAUUGACAGGUGCUGACACCCCCCCACACACCCACGGGGGGCGCUGC